AUGCUCCUCCGCUUCCAUACUAGGCAGAGUCGGCUUCUGUUCGACCUGAACUGGUCGUACAUUGGUGCCGCGCGUUUGCUAUCAGAGUCAGACGCUCGUUCGCAGCCGUUCGCGCUCGUUCGCGCGCUCACCGUCGCGUCGAUUCGACAGGAGGACUCGCUUACGUCUACUACCCACCACGCUGCUCUCCGUUGGUCGAGCACCACUGUCUCGCCUGGCUUACUUCCUACCGCGAACACCAUGACCGUGGAGACCGUUCGGAGAUCGGCGAGACAACAAGCGCAGGAGGCGGUGUGCGAUGUUUCUCGGUAUGGAGGUCUCACUGGGGAGGGCAAAGUCCGAACGAAAGGCGCGGUGAGGCCUGCAGAAAGAGCAGGGCGUCACCCUUCGUGGGCCUGCGUUGCUGCACUCUUUGCACUCAAUGCUAUUCCUGACGGCGCGCUCCCAGCAUCAAAAAGCGUGUUACUUCUGCGCCCGAACCUGCCCGAACGCGCCGAUGGACGAAGACGCCAAGUUCGCUCAAGGCGUGUUGGAAGUUUACUCGACUGGGCGUUUGAAGCCGAUGUCGCCGCGGCAAUAUCCUCGGGCUCGUCUUCGUCCUCACCUGCGCCCGAGCCCAUGUCGCCUCCGUCGUCUGCUCUGACACACGACUUCCUCCGCUCUGCCGUCGCGAACGAGACCCUCGCGUCCUCGCGGGCCCUGUCGCGACCCAGGCAGCUCGCGCCUGCGAGCUAUGUACACUACAAUACGACACAGACAAAGAUCAUGGAAUGUUAUGCGUCUACCAUGUUUGAUAUUCUCACGCCAGGCCGUGCGGGCACAGCUUCCGUCGCACAUAACAGAAGACUGGGUUUUCCUUCCCCUUCCCCUUCCCCUUCCCCUUCCUCGCCUACGACCGCCCGACUCGCUGUCGCCUGCCGUACCAUGGCUGACGAACCUACUACGACUGAAGGACACGUCGUCGGGACUCCGGAUGAUCUUUUCAACGCACGAUAUCGAUUCCUGAAAAGCUUGGGGUUAGACGAUGACGAUGUUGCCGAGCAGGAAUUUGGCUUGUACCAGAAGACACGGGACACGGUUCAUCUUGAAAACGCCAUAGCACUAUUUCAGCGAGCGGUAGAUGCCGCACCCCAAGAUGCGCGUCUCCUGAGUUGGCUAGGGCAUUGUCUAGACAUGGACUAUGAUGCUCGAAGGAUCAUUGGCUCCCUCCAACGCGCUGUUGCGGCAGAGCAAAGGGCUGUCCAGCUCACCUCAGACGGACACCCCCAAAAGGCUCCACGGCUACACAAUCUCAGCAUCUCAUUGCGACGACGCUUUCAGUCCCUCGGUGCUGUCGACGAUCUCAGAGUCGCGAUAGAGAUGGAAGAACACGCAAUGGAGCUAACUCCGGAUGACGAUCCAAGCAUGUUAGCGUCGAUCGACAACCUCGGCUCCUUGCGGUGGCUGCGUUUUGAGCGCUUUGGGGAGCUCGAAGAUAUCGAGGGCGCCAUUGUUGGGCGGCAGAGGGCAGCCGAGCUAACCCCCGAUUCCCAUCCCUACAAACCCACCUUGCUGCACGGCCUAGCACUGUCUCUGCGCCGUCGUUUUGAGCAUCUCGCAGACCUCUCGGAUCUUGCGCGCGCCGUUGUGAUACAAGAACACACGAUCGCACUUACUCCGGAUGGCGAUUCCAACUUGCCAGUGCGCCUCGAAAGCCUCGGCUCUUUGCAGUGGCUGCUCUUCGAAAGCUUCGGAGAGCUCGAAGACAUUGAGAGCGCCAUCGCGUAUCAAGACCGUGCAAUCGAGCUCACUCCUGAUGGUCAUAUUGGUCAAGCGACCCGGCUGCACAAUCUGGCCUUGUUCUUGCGCGCUAGAUAUGAGCGUUUCAACGACCCGGCCGACCUUGAGCGCGCCAUCACCAUGCAACGCCGCUCGGUCAACCUUACCCCGGAUGGCGAUCCCGACUUGCCAGUACGCCUCGACAACAUUGCGUCCUUGCUGUGGCUGCGUUUCAGACGUUCCGGGGCGCUCGAGGAUAUCGAGACUUCCAUUGCAGAGAACAAACGAUCUGUGAAGCUCACUGCCGACGGAAACCCCGGUAAAGCUAUACAGCUGAACAAUCUAGCGAUGUCGCUGGAGUUGCUCUUUCUUCGAGAGAGAACAUCGGAGCUCUUCUCGGAAACCUUUUCAUCUUACAUGUCAGCGAACUCCCAAUCGUUUGCCUCGCCAGCAAUCCGCCUACAGUCAGCCAGAUAUGCAGUAAGGCUUCUGGACAACAACCCCGAGUUCCAGACAGCCGAGACGCUGUUAUGCGCUCACUCCCGUGUCCUCGAUGUUCUCUCCGAGGUCGUUUGGGUUGGACACACUAUGGACCAUCGCCUAGAACAGUCUCAAAAGCUCGGUCAGCUCGUCAGUUCCGCUGUGUGUGCUGCCAUCAGCAUCGACGCUGCAGCACAAGCCGUGGAAUGGCUGGAUGCAGGAAGAGCUCUCAUAUGGACGCAGACAAUGUCCUUGCGUAGCCCGCUUCACGGGCUUGAGCAAGUCCGUCCGGAUCUCGCGCGCGCGCUCGAGGACGUACAACGUCAACUGCAGAAUUCCAUCAAUGGGUCAUCUAGCGACGAUGUUGCCGGAUUCAGAGACCUCAACCCCGACGCUGAUGUGCACCGUCACUCGUCAGACCGCCACCGAUUCCUUGCCAUCAAACACGGAAAGCUUCUCGCAGACGUCCGUCGUCUACCUGGCUUUGAGAGCUUCCUACUUCCGAAGAAGCUCUCUGCCCUGUUGCCCUCAACUACACCUCUCAGCGGGCCGGCGGUGUUUAUCAAUGUGGAUCGCACUCGGUGCGAUGCAUUGAUUCUGCUGCCCGACGGACGUAUCACCGCCCUCGCUCUUCCGGAGCUUUCUCUGGUCAAGACAGAGGCGCUACGUACCCAGUGGCAAGCAUACCUGAAGCAGGAGAAUGUUCGCGAGCGUGCCCUCUUGGCGCCACAUCACCCUAGGUCCAAUGGUACUUCAUCUCCUCAUGCCAUACUCGACCGUCUUUGGAGGUGGAUAGUAGGCCCGGUUCUGAAAGCACUCGAAAUGGAUCUUGUCAACGAAGACCGAGAUCGUCUUCCCCACGUCACUUGGUGUCCCACUGGGCCCUUGACACAGUUGCCACUGCACGCUGCAGGCAUAUACGAGGACGACUCUGGGCCGCGCGUAUACAACUUUGUGGUCUCCUCGUACACCCCGUCGCUCUCUGCGCUGGCACGCAGCAUCAACGCUCUCACGCUGAGCACGACGCCCGGCGUCCUCGUAGUCACCCAGCCGGACACGCCCGGUCUAACACCUCUCCCGGGAACGACUCUUGAGGGUGCGCGGCUGCAUGAGGUCUUCACCGCCUCGCAGACACCUUCCAUGGCCCUCAAUGGAAACGAAGCGACGACCGCCGCCGUGAAGCUUGCGCUCAAAGAGCACUCCUGGUUACACCUCGCCUGCCAUGGCUGUCAAGAGAUCGAUGACCCCUUGAAGAGCGCUUUCGCGCUGUAUGACGGCCGAUUGUCCUUGUCGGAUCUGAUGGUGACCACGGCCGAUAACGCCGAGCUCGCUUUCCUCUCCGCCUGCCAGAC